GAGGGGUGUUUUGUGGGUAAAGGAAGCUAUCGACAAUAUGGCGGACGAUGGAGACAGGGCGAGUGGAGGGCUGGGGACUUCAGACGACUCGGACUCCUUCAGUCUCGGCGGGAUGUUAUUAAAUUUAACUAUUUUAGUUUUACUUGUUACGAUCUGCUAUGUUAUUUAUCGACGAUGGGGUAAACGGAUUGGUACUGACGCCGCUAAACGAAGCGAGGCCUCGUCUCUUCCGAAAAUGAGAAGACGGGAUUUCACUUUGGAGCAACUUGGGGAAUACGAUGGACUGCAAAACCCCCGCAUCAUGAUGGCUGUCAAUAUGAAAGUAUUCGAUGUUACCACCGGAAAAACGUUUUAUGGCCGAGACGGUCCAUAUGGUAUCUUUGCGGGCCGGGAUGCAUCGAGGGGUCUGGCCACGUUCUGUUUGGAGAAAGAUGCCCUGAGGGAGGAGUAUGAUGACCUGUCGGAUCUCAACGCUGUUCAGAUGGAGUCAGUCAGAGAGUGGGAGAGGCAGUUCAUGGAAAAAUACGAUUAUGUUGGUCGGCUGUUAAAGCCCGGGGAUGAGCCGUCAGAAUACACGGAUGAGGAGGACAUCAAGGACCACCUGAAACAUGACUGAACUGUUGCCCUGUUCUGUUCACACCACCAACCAAAGCCUUGACCCAAACAGCUGACAGCAUCUGUACCCCCCACACCCCCUCUUCCCCCCCUCUCAAGCCCCCUCCUUCGCUUCCCUCUCAAGCCCCCUCCUUCGCUUCCCUCUCAAGCCCUCCUUCGCUUCCCUCUCAAGCCCUAAUUUUCCUCUGGUUGGAUGGCCCAGUCCAGGAUGGCCCAGUCCUGGAUAGCCCAGUCCUGGAUAGCCCAGUCCUGGAUGGCCCAGUCCAGGAUGGCUGGGCCCUGGCCUGACUCCUCACCAUACAGAUCACCACUAACAGAAAUGAGUGAUGAAACUGUUUCAGGGGGAUUUGAAUGACAUUAACUUGUCUUUGUGCUGUUAGAAUAUUUGAAAAAGGAAAAACAACAUUUUUAUAGAAUUUUCCUUACUAUGUCCCUGUUGUGUAAAUGUGAACAGAGGCAUAAAGGUCUCGACAAACCAUUUCUGUAUGGACCUUGCUUUGUGCCCGGGGGCAUUGUCAUGCUGAAACCGAUAAGGUCCUUGCCACAACAUAUUUAGAAUCACUCUUGAUUGAUUGAUUGAUUGAUUGAUUGAUUGGGAAUACAAAGGGAAGGACUGCUGACAAAGUUCUAAUCAAUCAACUGUUUCUAAACCACGCUACUGGAUGUUGGUAUCAUCAUCCCCAGGACAUGAAAUGGUCAAAGUGUUAAUUGUGCCUUAUUGUUUUUGUUUUUUAUAUACUACUAAAAUCCUGUCUAACAAAAAAAGAAGGGGGGGGGGGGUGGAAACUAUUCUGCCCAUGAUGUUUAUUGGUUUUCUUGGAGGUGCUAUAGAAAGCGGUUCAUCUUCUUGGGAAGUUGUAUAGACUAGUUUCCUUUUUUUAAAGCCAUCAGUCGAAGGCAUGCUUUGGUCUGUCACACUGACUGGCAGAGACUCCACGCAUCACUACCUUGUAUAUAGACCUCUCUUGCUGUCCUAUUGAUGUAGGUAAUGGACUCCAUAUUGCUGGGUUGUGUUUUUCCUUUUUAGUUUUUUUGUUUGUUGCUGAGGUUCUUUUUAAACGUGGGUGAAUGUUGAAAGGGUUGUGGUGUGGGACGGGAUCGGGGACGGGAUCGGGGACGGGAUCGGGGAAUGUUCACAUUUGGGAGAGAAGUUGCUUAUCUUGUAAAUAUAUCUAUCAUUUUAUGAAAGCAUGUGCGUCAAUGUUGAGCAAUGCUGAAUUCCCACCAUGUCAUGUAUUUAAUGUUGGGUAUAUGUCUGCAGAGAGAGACGGGCAUGCAUAAUAAAGUGAUUUGGUUAAUAA